UGUUGACUCCCUCUCUGACCUCAGAAACAUGAGUGUGUCCGGCUCAAGUGUGGAGGAGAGAGAAGAAGAAGAAGAUGUGUUUGAGUGGGAUGAGACAGGAGGACAGGCCGAGACAGAUCCACUGCUGCCGGCGGAAUCUUCCCACGGCCCGCCAACGCCGACAGAGGAUCGUCGCCUCCGUCUGAACGUCAGCGGGAUGAUCUUCGAAACCUGGGAGAGCACCCUGAACAGAUACCCCAACACCCUGCUCGGAGACCCCGCCCGCAGGGAAAAGUUUUACUGUCCGGACGGAGACGAAUAUUUCUUCGACCGUCACCGCCCCAGUUUCGAAGGUAUUUUCCGCCUCUACCAGAGGGGACACAAAGCUACAGCAGACUACGAGAACAAGAUGGAGAAACCCCUGAACGUCCCUGUGGAGAUUUUCUACGCAGAGAUGAAGUUUUUCGACAUCGAUGAAGCCAUCAUUAAGCAGUGCCUUGAGGAUGAGUGGUACAGCUUGGAGGAAGACCCUUACGCUGAUCUACCUACCAUAGAGCCACAACGGUCCAUCUGGCUGCUCUUUGAUUACCCAGAGAGUUCGGUAGCCGCUAAAGCCAUCGCUGUGAUUUCUGUGAGUAUCAUAUUUGUCUCCAUAGCGGUGUUCUGUGUGGAAACUAUUCCUGGAUUUGACGCUAACCCUCUAGAUUCUGCAAUGUUCUCAAACGACACCAUAAUGGACCCGCUGUUCCGUGCAUAUGAAGACCAACUCUUCUGUGUGGAGACCGUCUGCAUUAUCUGGUUCUGCUUCGAACUGAUCAUUCGAUUCUACGCGAGUCCCAACAAAUGCAGCUUCAUCAAAGACGUCAUGAACAUCUUUGACAUUGUUGCCAUCGUUCCCUUCUUUGUUGACCUCUUUAUGAUUCUUGGUGGUUUUCAGCUUCAGAAAGGUUCCACUACCUCCGUCUUCGUGCGCGUGCUUCGACUCUUUCGCAUCUUUCGGAUCCUCAAACUCUCCCGGCAUGUAAAAGGGUUGCAGGUACUUGGGAGGUCUCUUCUUGAAAGCAUGGGAUCUUUCAUUCUUCUAUUGUUCUUCCUCUGUGUCGCUAUGAUCCUGUUUGGAAGCUUUUUAUACGUUGCUGAACCUAAUGAUGACUGGAACAGCAUUCCGGGCACGUUUUGGUAUAUCAUAGUCACUAUGACAACAGUGGGUUACGGUGACGUCUAUCCGACAAGUUUCGCUGGAAAGCUGAUCGGGGGAGUGACAGUUGUCUGCGGCAUUAUGACACUUUCCCUCCCCAGUCCCGUCAUCGUCACAAACUUUAUCAAGGCCUGGGGGAUGUCCAAAAACGUCAUUGCGACUCGAAACAAGGGCUCAAAAAUAGACAAGAAAGAUGAAAAGCAUCACCAAAAGUUCUUGGAGUACGCAUGGGUUGGUGACGUCGACAUCGAUAAGGCAAAGGGGAGGCUGUGGGUGACUCCAAGGCACUACAUGCUGUAUGGGGAACCGGAAAGCAAAAAGGAAGAUCCGAAAAAGACAAUAUCUUCACUACAGAAAUAUUUGUACAUGGGGACCCCAGAGGGGGAGGGAGAAUUUUACGUGUGA